UUGGCCGGGGGGAUGGUGGGCAUCGGGGGCAUCCAGAGCGAGAAGGAGACUAUGCAAUGCCUGAAUGACCGCCUGGCCUCCUACCUGGAGAGGGUUAGAAGCCUGGAGGCUGAUAAUCGGAGGCUGGAGAUCAAAAUCCGGGAACACCUGGAGAAGAAGGGACCCCAGGUCAGAGACUGGGGUCAUUAUUUCAAGACCAUCGAGGACCUGAGGGCUCAGAUCUUUGCAAAUUCUGUGGACAACGCGCGUAUUGUUCUACAGAUUGACAAUGCCCGUCUUGCUGCUGAUGACUUCAGAGUCAAGUAUGAGACGGAGCUGGCCAUGCGCCAGUCUGUGGAGAAUGACAUCAGUGGGCUCCGGAAGGUCAUUGAUGACACCAAUAUCACUCGGCUGCAGCUGGAGACAGAGAUCGAGGCUCUCAAGGAGGAGCUGAUCUUCAUGAAGAAGAACCACGAGGAGGAAGUAAAUGGUCUACAAAACCAGAUUGCCAACUCUGGUUUGACUGUGGAGUUGGAUGCGCCCAAAUCUCAGGACCUCAGCAAGAUCAUGGCAGACAUCCGAGCACAGUAUGACGAGCUGGCUCGGAAGAAUCGAGAGGAGCUAGACAAGUACUGGUCCCACCAGAUUGAGGAGAGCACCACAGUGGUCAGCUCGCAGACUGCUGAGAUAGGAGCUGCUGAGAUGACACUCACAGAGCUAAGGCGUACGGUCCAGUCCUUGGAGAUUGACCUGGACUCGAUGAGAAAUCUGAAGGCCAGUUUGGAGAACAGCCUGAGGGAGGUGGAGACGCGCUAUACCAUGCAGAUGGAACAGCUCAACGGGAUCCUGCUACACCUGGAGUCAGAGCUGGCCCAGACUCGGGCAGAGGGGCAGCGCCAGACCCAGGAGUACGAGACCCUGCUGAACAUCAAGGUCAAGCUGGAGGCUGAGAUCGCCACCUACCGCCGCCUGCUGGAAGAAGGGGAGGACUUCAAUCUUGGUGAUGCCCUGGACAGCAGCCACUCCAUGCAAUCCAUCCAAACAACUACCACUCGCAGGAUUGUGGACGGCAAAGUAGUGUCUGAGGUCAACGACACCAAAGUUAUAAAACGUUAAAGGCAGCAGAAGUGGGGCCCCCCUUGGGGUGGGGUCAGGAAGCCAAUAAAAUGUUCAGAGGUCACUGAACUUUA